AGUUUUGUUUAAGGAAUGGCGCAAGAAACUCUUUGUAUUGGAGACCAUGUUUGCCUUUUCUCUGAAGAGUCUUCUGGUUACGUCUUUUCUUAUUUAUCGAGUUCGAUCCACACCGAUGUUGGCGUAAGAUCCCACGACUCGAGGCAGAAACCCAAGGUCGCCGACCCUAAUAGCAUCGCUUUCGAGUUAUGUAUAGUUAAUCGUUAUAAGUUCAACAAAAAGUAUAGAACGGCGCAAGCGAAUGAUCGUCUCUCUGAUGUCGAUUCCAAAGCAAAAUUGGCUCAACUUCAAUUGGCAGCCGAGGCUGAAAAUGAGGACAACACAAAUGAAGAAAAAAGGCAGUUUGGUAGAAAAGUUCUGUAUGGUCAAAUGAUUCAAUUGAAGCACGUGUUCACUCAAAAAUAUCUUCAUGUGAGCACAAAGACAACGUCAACAACGGAAUCAGGGAGCAUGCAAGUUUUCCUCUCACCAUUUAAUGCAAAGAAUGCUCACUUCAGAAUAAUGCCCAGAUAUAAGGUGAAAGCUGAAGGCGAUAUAGUUCAAGUUGAAGAUCAAAUAGUCCUUGAAUCAAUCAAGUCACCUGGUCAAUUCCUUCACGUUAGCAAAUCUAAAUUACCAUCGAAAUCGGUUUACAAGGAAUGUUUGGAAUUAAAUCUAUCAGUUCGACAAUCAGGAUUUAGGAUAUUGAGAAGGUAUAAGCCUGGUAAGAAAGAUACGGAUUUAGCGUAUCUAAAAGCUGGAGAACCAGUUAGAUUAUUUCACAAGGAAAUAGAGGCUUACCUGUGUGCUGAAGGACUUUUCAAUGAUGAAAUAAGCGAAGAUGUUCAUCUUCGAAUAAGACCGGUUGAUCAGAAUAAUCCAAAAACCCUAUUUCCUUCAUCAUCGGCAAUAAACUAUUGGCAAAUAGAAUUGAUAUCCGGUUGUAUUGAUGGUUCAAUAAUUAAAUGGGAGCAACAAUGUCGAAUAAAGCAUAUGUGUACAAGAUCUUAUUUAAAAGUCGAUCAAAAGAAAGUAUCUCUAACAAAUAAUUCCGAAGAUCCAAAAACAGUAUUUAGACUACACGCAGUUAUGUUGGAACAAGACAAUAUUCAAUACGAAACUUAUUGCAGAAUAGAACACGUAGUAAGCGGUCAUUGGCUACACGCAGGCCAAGAUGAAUAUAAGAGAAAAAAGAAUGUUGGUAGCGAUGCUGAUGGAACGUCAAUGGCUAGCUUAAAAUGGACAACUGCAAAAUUAAAUCAUAUUGAAGCGAUUAACGAAAUGCAGUACGAUGAUGCAUUUACACUACAAAAGGUUGAAGAUGAGCACUGUCAUAACUUUUACUUUGUGGCUGGAAUGGUGCCUUGUAUACAGAAAUUGAUUGAAAAUAAAAAGGCGGGAGUGAAUAUAACUUUGAAAGAUAGUCAAGAAAUGGUUGCAACUUUGGAUGAGCUUAAAAAGUUUAUGAUUGUUAAUUCCGAACCUGAUAAGAAUAGGCAAAAGCUAAUGCGAAAUUUAAGAAUUGUUGAACUACUCGUCAACUUGUUACAACUUCCAUGUAGAGGAUCAAGCGAUCAGAGAUUUUUGAUUAAGGUGUUUGUUGAAUGUUACGAUCUUUUGUAUACCUAUUUAAUGGGAAAUAGUAGAAAAAAUGAGCUAUAUAUAGCUAAACAUAUAUCUUUCUUCGAAAGUCAAAUUUCGUUUGAAGGACCUGUUGGAUUAAAUGCCGCUCACAUGGUUAUGGAAUUGAUUAAGGAUAACAGAAAGAUUGUUGAUCGUAUUACUAUUACUCAUAUUGAUCAAUUUGUUUCCUUAUUAAAGAAGAAUAAGAAUUAUCGUUAUUUGGAUUUGCUAAGUGUCUUAUGCGUAUGUGACGGCGUUUCUAUUCCCGACAAUCAAAAUCAUAUAACUAAAAGAUGGUUGAUGGAAGGCGAUAAAAAUUGUGUAUUUUACACAGAUUUAGGACAAAAGAUUGGAAAGGAUUCGAAUGUUGUUUACGUAUCGGCAAAUAAACAGAGAACUUGGACUCCUUUGGUAGAAUUUGUUGAAAUUCAUAAAAACGAUGAAGAUAUACUAUUCCUCGAACAUCAGUUAGAUCUUUUCGGAAAAUUAUGUUACGGUAGGAAUGAAUUUCCGAUGAAAAUUAUUACUGAAGAGUUAAACUAUUUAACGUGGGAAGAAGCCUAUCUUUGCCUUAGUAACGAAGAAUUACCUGAUCAAUUAAGAGCCAAAUAUUGCCAUUUAAUUAUAGCCUUAUUUAUCGAUGUUGGUAAAAAUGUUUCUCUACUAGAUAGAAUUAAUUUAACGUACGUUUAUGACGAUUUGGAUGAUGAUGACGUAUUGAGUGAAGAAGACCUGCCUACAAGUGGAACUGAACAUUUUGAACAGCUACACAAUUGGUUGUCAAAGUUUUUUGAUAGGAACCAAGAUAUGACCGCUUCCUUGAUAGGACAUAAUAUCUUAAUUGAACAAGUUAUGAGAUUGGUACACUAUCUCGUUAGAUUUGGAUAUUAUAAGAAAAGAGAGGACGUCAAAGCUCUAUUGACUCCCUUCCUAAACCUAUUGGAUGGACGAAAUGAUAAACCAUAUGAAAUUCCCGCCGGAGGAAGUAUUCCAAAUGAAGUGAUGAAACGUUACCGUAAUGAUUUAAGAUAUAAGCAGAGUCCUGAAUCUAAAGCAAUUGCCGAUGCUAAAGUACAAGCAAUAAAAGUACUCGAUCUCUUCUUUAAUUAUCAAUUCAAUUUGAGACUUAAAAGAUUUGUUAGAGAAUUCAAAAUAGUUUAUACUGAAGCGAAUAAGCCUGAUUCUAAUCCAGAACUUGGACAACUUUUGUACGAAAAUUAUGACUUUUUAGAGAAUUCAGGAACGAAUCAUUCGGCACUGAGACGACUUAAAGAUCUUUUCAACGAAUCUUCCUUUUUUAAAGGACUCGGGAUUGAUGUAAUUGAACUGUUUAAAGAUUUAUCCUUAUACAAUUACGACCCUAUGGUUGUUGGUUCCAUGUCUUUAAUUAAUCGAUAUUUCUCAGGCCAUGAUAAUUUAUUCAAAAGAGCAGUUCAAGCUCAAAUUCUCAUCAAUGAACAUUCUUGCCAAAUUUUAAAAAAUGUCAACCAGUUAUUGCCAGUAAUGAGAAGACUUACAGCUUCUAAAAUGACAGUUGAACAGACUACAGAAAUGAAUAUUAUUCUAAAUAAGCUGAUAGAAUUUUGCUCUUUAGAUAACGAACCGGAAGAACCUCAUCCGAUGAAUCAAACAAUAUUAUAUAAUCAUGGAAUUCUAUCGGACGUAUUUUCAAUUUUUGCACAGCAAAUUGAUGCAAAAUUAAUGGAGCAAUAUUCUGGAAUUAAGCAGAUUUUUGAGAAUAGUUUUGUUCUCCUAAAAUCCUUAGCUAGGGGAAAUGCAACAGUACAACAAAGACUAUUCGAUCGUCUUGACAAACUCUUGGAAAUUGAAGGUGCAGAACCGCAAUUGGCCGACGCAUUAGUUGAAGUUUUUACAGGAAACAAGACUAAUUGUAUGAAAAUCUUAUCUUAUCAAAUUCAAAAGAUCAUGUCUAUUGUCGCUAAACAUAAGGCGAACUCUCCUCAAUUUUUGGAUCUAUUAAACGCUGUUGUAAAAGUAGAAGAAUUGAAUUUGCCUUUGAAACGUAAUCAAUCUUAUGUAAUGAAAUAUUUCAUGCAAUAUCGAUCCGAGGUUGCCUAUAUUGUUGAUCAACCAGCCGAGAAUAGAAAAAAGUUACUCACCAGUUCAGGGAAGGAGGUUGAAUAUCUUGCAUCCAUGGUCGAUCUUUUAGCUACAUGUGCCGAAGGCGAAAAUCAGUCAAUUGAAUCGCAAUGCCAGACGAUUUUUACUAUUUCAGAAUUAAUGGAUAUUUUGAAUAGUUCGGAUAUAGAUAAUAUAAAGAAAAGACCAUAUUUAAGAUUUUUCUUAUGGGUUUAUUUGAAUACAGCAGGAGGAGUUGUGGUUGACGGUCAAUCUGGAGAAGUUGGUCACCUCGAAUCAAUGUGGAAAUUCAUUAAAACUCUAACCCUGAAUUUUAUAUCUCUAGCUGAGAUAGCAGAGAGUAAUCCUGAUCUUACUAAAUCGUUGUUAAAGAAAGCACCCAGUAAAACUACCCAAAAAUCGAAUAUUAUAUCAUUGGGCAACGCCGAAGAAUUAAACGAUGCUAUGAGUAGUGGUAUGGACUCAAAAAAGAUGACAUCGUUUCAUGGAAAUUUACAUUUUGCUUUUGAUGCCGUCCUACCAUUUUUACAGGUGUUCUUUCGAACACAUUAUCAACCUGAUGCUGAAAACUACGCUAGCGAAGCAGAUAUGUUGGACGAAUUGGCGAAUUCAUUGACAAAAUUUACGAAUGCUGUUGGAGAGUCGAUAUCAAAUGCUACGCAUAUGAACAAUCUCACCUCUUGUAUGACAUCUGUUCUUAGUCAAUCAACUUUACCAGUAAAGGUGAUGGAAGAAUUUCAAGAGAAAUUCAAUCGAGCAGGACUCGUUCAAGAUCUUAAAUCGGAUAGUAGGAAGAAGUACGACGAAGAUUACGAGAAGGAAGAGGAAAUAAACGUCCUGUUAAACAUAUUUGCUAAUAAUUUUGCUGUAAUAUACGGAGGAGAAAACUCGGUAAGGGCUCAAACUGGCUAUGCCAUCGACGAAGAAUACUUCGAUCCAAUGGGUGAUGAAAAAUUACCACUCGGUCAAGAAUUUCAAGAUCAUUUGCGAAUAUUUAUUGACGAAAGAGAGAAGGAUGCUGUAAAGCGCUAUGAUUUAGCCAAAAAGCUCGUUCAGCAGCUAGAAAUUUCCGCGUCGAGUCUUCCAACAUCGGAAUUAGAAAGAAUCGAACAAGAGAGUUUGGAUAUCAAAUGUCUUCAAUUAUUGAGAGCUUUAAUUCAUAAUGAAAUUGUAAAAUUACCGGGUGAUUGGUUAACUGAUCCAAAAUCUUUUUCAAAAAUAUUAAAGAAGAUUGAAGGAGUUCAAAAUGCUUUAAAUUCUUAUGAUGCAGUAUUACAAGUUCUAUCUCAUUUGGCUAAGAAUAAUUCUGAUAUAGUACGAGAAGUUUUAGCUUUUCAGGCGGUUAUGCUGUUUGGUGGUAAUGAAAAGGUUCAGGAUAGUCUUAUAUUAUAUUUCUUAGGGACUAGAGAGGAGAAAUUCUUCUUGGCUGUUAAGACCCGUAUGCAGUUGUCUAGCCUAUCAAUUAAAGAAAGACGAUCUUUAGUUGCACAACAUCAGGAAAAGAUUAAACUCGAAAUCGAUCAGGCGAAAGCCUUAAGAAAAGCAAUGAAAGAUGGUAAAAUGGCUGAAAUGGAGGUUAUGGCGGCAAAUAAUUUCGGAUCAUUGGCUGUUGGUUCGAGAUUAAAUAUGGGUGUGUCAUCCAUGAAUCUUAAUUCCCAUAAACUACCCGGCAAUCGAAUGGGAAGCAGAAUGAUGUUGGGUAGUAGGAUAAUGGGAAGUAGAGCGAUGGGAAGUAGAAUGUUGGGUAGCAGAAUGAUGGGUAGUAGAACGAUGGGUAGUAGAACGAUGGGCAGCAGAACAUUUGGUAAAUCUAAGCGUAGAGUGUCCUCGAUAGCUAGUAAAAGAAAUCAAAUAGCCCCGACGAACAAUGGAGAGGAGUUAACAGAUGAAGCGAUUGAACAAAUGAUUCGAGAGACAAUGGGAAAUCUUGACGAGUUCGAUUGCGAAGAUGACGGCUACAUCGAACUAGUUCUCAAGUUGUUAGGUCUAAUGUGUGACGGUCAGAAUAAAACGCUACAAGAUUAUCUCAGAGAACAACCUGAUAAUAUCAAAUCAGUGAAUUUAAUAUCGGAAACUGCUGGAUUCCUUAGUUUACUCUAUUCAUCAAUUGAUGAAAAUACAAUAGGACUAGUAACCGAAUUAUUAAACACUUUGGUAGAAUUCACAUCCGGAAAUACAUCUAAUCAGCUGGUUGUUUAUGACAAUAAAAUAAUUGAUUAUAUUAAUUUUAUGCUAAGAGGAGCCCAAUUUCAAGCUUGCGAUCCAGAGAUCGUUAUGGAAUUAAAGAAGGCUAUUGUUAAUCUACUAACGGCUUUAGUGGAAGAGAGUUUACCUGAUGGACAAGGAAUUGCUGACGAUGUUGCUGAAGCAAUAGACAAUGAAAGUAUAUUUACAGUCUGUGUUGACUGUUUUAAUCGAUCAAUGACUGUCCUAAGAAUCGAGGAAGUUAUCCCAAAAGAUGAUCUGAUUGCCUUAGGUUUCAAAUAUUUUCAUUUCCUAAGGAAAGUAUUGGACUUAAGUGGUGCCACCUAUCCUUUAAAGGGAGAGAAAAGCUUAAUCUGGAAAUUUUACGAUAGGUCAACUCUAAGUAUUGAGAUAGUAAAAGGUGACGAACUUCAAAAAGUCUACUUCCGCGUUAAGGAUAAAAGCGUUCUUAGGGAAGAUGUUAAAGAAAAAUUUAAAUACGAAGUUGAUCGUUCAUCACCGAGUAAUAAACUGAGAGAUUUUAUGGAUUGGAGUAAAGAUAUUAUAAAAGAUAUUAAAUAUACAAGAAAAGUUCUCGGCAAUCCCUUUUCACGUUUCUUUGUAAAAUUUUGGUAUCAAUUCAAUAUGAUAAUGAUUUUCUUGUCUUUUGUAUUAUUUUUAUUAACUAUGAUAACUUGGGAGGCGAAUGAAAAGACUUCAGUUAUAAAGCCAGAUUAUCGAUAUAGUUCAACACCUAUUGUUACGUAUGUACUCGGAGGAUUGCAUAAUCUUGUUGCUCUUUGUGUGAUAUUAUCAUUUUUUAUAACGAAUGCUCCGGCUUUACCAAAAUUUGACAGCGUAGUCAAUUUUUUUAAGAAAUCAGACGAGACGGAGAAAGAGGAAGACGAUGAAGAUAAAGACGAAAGUAAUCUACAAGUGAACCUUGUCUCUUUCGCUACAGUUUGGUAUCUUUUAUUGUUUACGUUUUCCAUACUUGGCACAGUGUUUUGGGGUUAUUUCUUUGCAUUCCAUCUACUCCAUAUUGCCCAGUUUAAUCAAUUGUUGAGGAGAGCUAUUCAGGCUGUAACUCAGAACGGUUAUUCUUUAUUAUGGGUCUUCUUGUUUGGUCUUGUCUUCAUUUAUAUAUACGCUCUGAUAUCAUUCGCUGCGUUUAGAGAUUUAUAUCCGGGAAAGAAUGGAUUAUUCUGUCGAACUCUAUAUGAGUGUGCGGUUACUGUUCUUCAUCAUGGUUUUAUCACUGGGAUAUAUGACUUUUUAUCAAUUCCCGAGGAGAAGACAUUUACGUAUUAUUUAUAUAAAGUCAUACUAGAUCUGACAUUUUGGAUGAUUAUCACUACAAUCGGCUUGAACAUUAUCUUUGGUAUCAUCGUCGACACAUUCUCAGAAUUGCGAGAUAACAAAUGGCAAGUUGAUAACGAUAUGAGAUCUGCAUGCUUUAUUUGUUCUAAGGCUAGCUAUGAUUUUGAACAUCACGGAGGGGGCUUCGAAGAACAUAUAAAAAAGGAACACAAUCAAUGGGCCUAUCUGUUUUUCUUUAUACAUCUCGACGAAACUAGGUCAAAUGACUAUACGGCUUUGGAGCUCCACGUAUUUAGAUGUCUGGAAAAGGAGAAGUAUAAUUUCUUUCCUCUAAAUCGAUCGCUAUCGCUCAGACAUGAGGAAGAUUCGAACGAAAUGCGUCUGGAAAGUCUAGCUGAACAGGUGACUUAUUUGGUUAAUAAAAUGAGAGAAGAAGAAGCUGAAAAAGAGAAACAAAUCGAAAAGAAGAAGCAAUUAGAAUGGGAAAAACAACAUAGACACAAACAAGACAAACAAGCUUCUUCCGAUUGAAAUGUUAAAUUAUACUAUUGACUUAUUAAUUUAUUAUUUUACUUUUUCCAUCUUGUUUGUUGGCACUUCAUUUUUGUUUUAGGCUUUUUUUCUUUACUUUAUAAGACACUGCAUUUUUUUAUUGAUAUUUUUCUUUCUUUUUGUUUGUUUGUUUCAAAAACAACAAUUUAAUGGAAUAAUAUAAAUCAGUUUCUUUCCUUCUA